AUGUCAGCCGAAGCGGCCAACUCCAAGGACUACUCGCUGCCUCCAGCUUUGGAUCUUAAAUUAGACAAAAGUGUAUUCGAGAGAAAAGAAGUCGUCCUGGCUGUGGGUUUACCGCUGGGUCGCGAUUUCAAGAAAGUUUGGGAUCAACUUCGGGAUUUUUCAACCGGGUACUUGGAUCUCCCCAAAUUCACAAAUAUUUAUACAGAUGGAAAUGGUGUCAAGAGAAAGUUGGUAUUUAUUCGUAAAGCUAAGGACACGAAGGAGCAGGAUAUGUUGCGAAGCCUCAAUGUAGACAUUCCAGCCUCUCCAGAAGACGAAAUUUCCUACCUUGAAUCUCACCCAGAGGCAAUUUGUGUAGAGAACUGUCAACCGGGCGAAAGCACGACUGAUUCCAUCUUACCCUCCAAACCUUGUGCGUUUCGACUGUCUCUUGGCUACGAAAACUUUCCAUUUGAUAGAGCUCUGAAGGUCGUUCUUCCCGGUGACAUGGAAGCGGUCACGGGCUUCUCUUUAGUGGGCCACGUGGCGCAUUUCAACCUCAAACCAGCAGCUCUUCCUUACAGAAGACUAAUUGGUCAAAUUGCCUUGGAUAAAUUGGCGAAUGUUCGAACUGUUGUCAAUAAGGCGGCAAAAAUCGAUACCGACUUUCGGACGUUUUCCCUUGAUCUGAUGGCCGGUGAACCGGAUUACCUGACUGAGGUUAAAGAGAACAACGUAACCUUGAAGCUUGACUUUUCUCAAGUUUACUGGAAUUCGCGUCUCGGCACAGAGCACUCCCGCAUUAUUGACGAGGUCAAAACUGUGCUUGGGGGUCACAGGCGGGAGAGUGAGUUGGCGACGGUUGUGGUGUACGACGUGUUCGCCGGGGUUGGACCGUUCGCAGUUCCGCUGGCUCGUUGCCCCGGCUGUCGCGUCUUCGCCAACGACCUCAACCCAAUGGCAUUCAAGUUUCUUCAAGAGAAUGUCCGCAAAAACAGCUCUAGAAGGCACCCAAUCUCUCCGGAGCAAAUCACCUGCUCGAAUCUCGACGGACGCGAAUUCAUUCAUGAGGGUGUAGCGGUAAGGAAUAAACCAUCUACGGCCGUCUGGAUUAUGAUGUCCGUUGAGAACGAAUAUAUCGACGUCUAG